UCAAACAACCUGAGGUAGAGAAGAAAGCCGAAAAAAUUGAACAUUUAAGGAAAAGGGAGGCUGAAGGGGAAAUUGCCACAUCUGGGUCUGAUGAUGUGCUCACUCUUGCAUUGGGGAAUCCGGAGCAUAGAGGUAGGGUUAGAGGUGUUGGUGGCAAUGUCAAGCCCGAUUUAUAUUUCAACUUGCCAAAACGGCAAAAGAUGACUUUUGAACAGAGGACUAGGUUAUCGCUGAAGAAGAUACUAGAGGAGGAGAAGGAAGUUUUGUUAGCUAAGGAAAGAACUGCAUGGGAGGAGGAGAGGGAUAGAAAACUUGCUGAGGAGAGAGCUUAUUGGACUGAGAGGAUUGCGAAGCUAGAAGUGAAGGUCGAUGGGAAGGAGCUGCCUGUUGAGUCCCCCAAACCUAUCACAGCAGUUAAUGAGCUUGGUUCAGGACAAGGGAGUUGUUCUCGCCAUGGGGAGAAGGCUGCGGAGAAGGCUGCACAUGAUAAUAUUGAAGCUGAGGUGAAGGGUGUGAAGAAGAAGUUGGUUUUAAGAGAUGAAGUGAGCAUCGAGGUUGAAGAGGAAAUUGUGCAGCCCAGUGAUGAGAGGGUACGGUUAAACCCGAUAUUGGAAGAGGAAGUUAGAGAAGAUGUCAUUGUACUAGAGGCACCAGUACAUGGUGAAGAGGAACAAUUAGGUGAGACCAAGUAUAAACUGGCCAUUGACACGGUGGAAAACAUGGUGGCUAUUGGAACUGUCAUCAGUGUCGACCUUGAGACCAAACAGCAAACCAUCCAUGGUGUUCCACUUGGAGAGGAGAAUUUGCGUGUCUCUAUCACAGAAACUAUUGUUCCUGAAGCUUUGCUGCCAUUUCCCAUAAAAGAUGAGAUAGUGAAGGUCAAGGAUGCCAUUGGGACUUGUGUCGCUUGGCCGAGGAACCUUGUUAUUGCCCCUGCACCUGGUGGGAAGAAAAAACCAAAGCGUAAAAUUCCUAAUAGGCCACAGAAAGAUAUGUUUGAUGAUAAGGAAGACUUGCAAAUCCUGCCAUCGAAUCUCCCUGCACCUUUAAAGGACUUAUGCAUUUGGGCAAACAUUGGAUUGCGGAAUGGGGCAACCAUCCACGCCACUUUUGGACCAGAACUUUUUGGUCAUCCACAUAAAGCCUUUGUCUUUAGAAAGGACAUCUAUGCUAUGACACACUUAUUGGAAAUUUCAGGCAGCUGCAUUGUUUUUUACAUGAGCUACCUUCAAGGUGUGUUGAAGAAGGCUAAGAUGAAUGACAUGGUCGCUUUUGUCGACCCUGCUCACACGGGUGCAAGUGGUUGUGGAAAUCCAACCGAACGAGCUCGCUUAGUAUCAAAUCGGUUCAUAAAUGGGAAGUCUGGGCAAAUUUAUUUGGUCCCAUAUAAUUCAGGCUCUGAAGAAACCAUUCACUUCAUGGAUCCAUUAAAGAGGCGACUCAUCGCUGAUGAAUGGAAAACAAUUCUGGACAACUCCAUUAAAAUCUACAAUGCACACAAGAAUAAGAAAGGGAAGAAAACCAUUCAAUGGAAAAAUCUUGCUGGCAUUCCGGAGCAGAAAGAUAGUAAGACUUGUGGGUAUUGGAUCAUGCGGUACAUGAAGGAGAUAGUGGAAGAUAAGAAUUUGGAGUUUGCAGCUAAAUGGGAAAGAAGGACAAAUCUGGUUUACACAGAAAAGGACAUUGAUCAAGUUCGGGCAGAAUGGGCGAAGCAUGUUAUCAUGUUUCCAGAUAUGUAG